GGUUGCCUCUCCCUGCACAGCCAGCUUUGUCUUCCAAACUCCACACUGCCUACAGAGACCCUUCUGCAGCCAUGACGACCGUCGUAUUGAAGUUGGUGUGUGCUCUGCUCUGUGCAGUGUUCGCCUCUGCUGAAGUCAUGCCAAUGACUGACUUUGAACUGGAAAAGAUGGGAGGAAAGUGGUAUCUCAUUGGCUUUGCAACAAAUGCAAAAUGGUUUGCCAAUCACAAGGCAGACAUGAAGGUGGGAACCGCCAUGCUGCUGCCUACAGAGGAUGGAGACCUCGACCUCAGUUACGCUAAUCUGAAGGAUGAUGGUUCCUGCUGGAGAAUGACUCAUCUUGCCAAGAAGACAGAAAUUCCAGGACGCUUUGUUUUCUAUAGCCAGCGCUGGGAAAAUGACAAUGACAUGCGUGUGGUUGAUGCCAAAUAUGAUGAGUAUGCUAUCAUUCACACCAUCAAGACCAAGGCAGAUGUAUCUGAGGUUCUUAACAAACUCUACAGCCGCACCGCAGAAAUAACAGAAGACUUAAAGGAGAAGUUCAGGCAGUUUUCUUUGGAUACUGGUAUUCUUGAGGAAAACAUUGCCAUUCUGCCACCAAAUGAGGAAUGCUCAGAUCCUUAAGCAUCUCGUCAUCCAAAGAAAGACAAAGACAACAUCAGCUGGCCCAGACAUUUCACCUGAAAAUACAGACAUGAAUUGCUGGCUUCCUGUCUGCUUUAUUUGGGUCUCUUUCACUUUGUGCGGAAACAAGAGUCAGUUCCUUUUAGCGGCUUACGCAUUUAAGUAGUGCUGACGAUGUUAAAUCAGUUUGCACCUAAAGUGCUUCUCCAAAUGAUCUCUCAGACUACAUUCAUGAUAGUCUGCAAAGGAUAGGGAGACAUAAUAGAAGUAUUCUAGGGUGUCCAAACAGACGCUUUUACUUUGUCAAAAUGAUGCAUAAAUAAAUUCUUCAUGUUGCUGCACUUACAUCCUGAUUGGAUACAAUGUAGUCUCAUUCGUGUCACAAUAUGAACAAUAUGGCACACCUGUAAACACUUUUUUUUUUUUUAAAUAAAUAAUGCUUUAUUUUUUUCCUUUAUUGGUUUUGUUUACUGCUGUCAAAUUAAAUCUGUUUACAAAUGACAAA